ACGUCAUUAAAAAUACAUUUUAUUAGUAUAUCAUCAAGAUUUUUUUUUUUAUAUAAAAAAAGAUUUGACUAUAACAAAAAAAAAAUUGAUUCAUUUCCAGAACUCGGAGAAGCUUAAUCCCGUUCAACCUUUAAGGUUUCAUGGCGGGUCAAUCGGAGUUCGAUCCUUCACUCGCAGUUUCUCACAAGUUCCCUGAUAGCACCUACUCUUAUACUGAAAGAGAUGCAGCACUUUAUGCCUUAGGCAUAGGGGCAUGUGCUUCGGAUGCUGUUGAUGAGGACGAGCUUAAAUAUGUUUACCAUGAAGAUGGUCAGAAGGCUAUCAAGGUCUUGCCUACAUUUGCUGCUUUACUUACACUUGAAUCAUUGCCCAAUGGUUUUGAUCUCCCGGGCUUGCAAUAUGAUCCACGCCUUCUGCUGCACGGACAACAAUACAUAGAGCUGUACAAACCAGUUCCUUCCAGCUGUCAUAUACAAAAUAAAGUCAGUCUCGCAGGAUUGCAUGACAAAGGCAAAGCAGCAAUUUUGGAGAUUGAAACAAAAAGUUAUGAAAAAGAAUCUGGCGAUUUAUUAUGCAUGAACAGAUCAACAGUCUAUCUACGCGGUGCUGGUGGCUUCUCGAAGUCAUCUAAACCAUUUUCCUACUCAAGUUACCCUUCAAACCAGACCUCAGCUGUAAAAAUUCCUGAAAGUAAACCUUUUUCAGUGUUUGAGGAUCGUACACACCCAUCUCAGGCAUUGCUCUACAGGUUAUCUGGUGAUUACAAUCCUCUGCAUUCAGAUCCCCAGUUUGCAAAGGUUGCCGGAUUCUCGCAGCCAAUAUUGCAUGGGUUAUGCACAUUAGGAUUUGCUGUUAGGGCAAUCAUCAAAAGUAUAUGCAAAGGAGAUUCUGACAGGAUAAAAAGCAUAACUGGCCGUUUUCUUUUACAUGUCUACCCUGGUGAGACUCUCGUUACCGAGAUGUGGAUUGAAGGCUCGAGGGUUAUUUAUAGGACAUUGGUGAAAGAGAGAAAACGGACAGUCCUUUCUGGCUCCGUUGAUCUACGUGGUUUGAAUUCAUCACUCUGAAGGUGCUCAGUUGAAUAUAGCCCAGAUAAUAAUGCCUACAAGGUUUACCGUUGAGUUAUUUAUGUUGCAAUAAGGACUAAAUUUAGACGCUGUAUUAUUGUUCUUAGUGUUUCCCUUCAAAGAAGCUGGUUUUUAAGAGACAA